CGUUGCGCUUGUGGCUUUGGGUAAAUACAUCCCUGUGUUUACGUUUUACGUUGCAAAAAUUGUUUGGAUAAAGAUUAAUAGGAGUGAAAAUGUCUGAAAGUAAAUACACGGCUAUGCCGCUGGAGGAAAGGAAAUCCGAAGAGGACAGUGGGAAACUAGAAGAUCCGUUUGAUCAAGAGUUUUGGGAUGAGGUUCAAAAGAAGUUUGAAUCAAAAGGCAUAACAUGGAGCGAGGCAAUGGACGAAGUUCGUGUUGAAAGGUUGAUGAAUAAAUUGGGUACAGAUUGUCUGCUUGUCAUUAUACGAGAUUGGCCGAAAAAGUUCAAGGGUAAACCGGAUGUUUUAAAGAGCUUGGAAAAAAUGAUAGGUCGCUUCACAAAGAUUAUUUUGGAAAAAGACACGACGGACACGUACAGGGGCUUUCGUGACAAAAACGACAAGCCGGCAAAACCCACCUUGCUACAUAUCGCUGCCAAACAGGAUUUCAUUCAUGUUGCUAAACAUCUUGUGAAGAAAUACCCUGGUCUAGUUCAUCAAGAUAUUAAAGAUGAAGACCCACACAAACGAUACCUUCCUGUAGAAAUGGCGCUGAUGGAUUUUCACGAUGAAACUGCGGCCUUUCUCAUUUCACAGAUGAAGCAAGACCGGGUUCACAACCUCUUUAAAUAUAACGAAAACCUAGGAGCAGCGAAGUACAGUUUAGGCGAUUAUAUCAGCGAGAGGAAUCCUGCUACGAAUAAACCUACACCAAGUAUGAAAAAAACUGUCGUGGCCGUGUUUAGUAGCCUGGUCAACCCACGUUGGCCAGACCUGGAGAAGGGGGAUGAACGCAUAGAACGAGCUUGGUCAAGUCUUCCGGAUGAUCCAUUGGACUACGACUUCUUUUAUCACCUGUUGGAGAGAGAUGAUAAGGGCCUGGAGCCCAGAGUUAAUGGGGAAGAAAACAAUGCAUUUAAUGCGAAAUCCAAGUCCUGUCUACGCCGUUUAACCAAAAGUAACAAUAAGGAGGCGAUUCAGCACCCUGUGAUCAGAAUGUAUGUAAGGAGAAAGUGGAAGGAAUUUGCUCAUUUAUGGUUUAGCUUGCAGGCGAUCGGUUACGUGAUAUUUCUGGCGCUGUUGUCCUAUGCAUUGAUCUACGGGGCGACCCGGGACGAUCCGAGCCAGUACGACGGACCAGCUGACAACUUUAGACUAUUUUGUGAAGUUCUUAGCAUUAUUUUCGUCAUGCUCUACAUCUUUGAAGAAAUUUUUCAAAUUGUUCGGGAAUACGAUACCUAUUUCAAAGAAUUUUACAACUAUUGUGAUUGGUGUGGUCUGCUUCUGACAUUGAUUAUCAUUCCACUUCGUUACGCCGAUUCAAGUUCGCAAUGGAGCAUCGCAAGUCUCGGAUAUUUGUUCAAUUUUCUCAGAAUUUUCAAGUUUUCCUGUGUUACCAAGACGACUGGACUGUACACGAAGACUUUGGCGAAAAUCAUUUAUCGGGACAUAAGCCGGUUCUUAGUCUUGUUUGUUGUUGUUUGCGUUGGUUUCUGCGGUGCUCUCUUCAUGGCGUUGACAGCCACAGGAAAACAAGAUACUUUCAGUAAUUACGGUAAAUUAUUGCUGGCUGCUGUACGAGUUCUCACAGAGCAACAACAAGUAGUUGAAGAAGACUACACAAUAUUCAGCUGGUUGACCAUCAUUCUUCUUCUCGUCUACACGGGUCUGGUAGUCGUGGUUUUGCUCAAUGUGCUGAUAGCGCAGUUGAGUGACACGUACAGUGAGGCUAAGAAUAAUGCAAAGUUCCAAUAUUCCGUCGAUAGAAUGUCGAUCAUCGCUCGUCUUGAACAGUGGCCAUGGCCAUUUAACUUUCGAAUGAGAUAUUUCCAUGAGGGCGAGCAACAAGUGAGCGAGGUUGAACUUAUCGAGGAGAUGUUGGAAUACAGCGAGGAAAAAACGCUCAUCUCGGUUAGGGAAAUAAUGAGAAAGGUUGUACGGAAAGCUGAAUUUAAUUGUGAAGACGAUUAAAGAAAAUAAAUAAUGGUAAUUGCACUGAGUGGAGUGCAAUUUGGUGUGAAAUCAAAAGUCACCAAUCAGAUUGCAAGAAACACCAUAGAGUUCAAAAUGAAUAUAAUAAAAGAGAAAAUGUUAUGCCAUGAAUCAUAGGAAGCCAGAAUUAAUUACUUGAUAGUCUUUUUUAUAUUAAUUUUUUUAGCAUUUUAUCCGUCUGUGACGCUCACGCAUCUCGUUUCUUUGUUUCAUUCUUCUAUACAUGAUGUAAAAAAAAGAAUGAAUCCACACGUGGUAUAUGUCUUCUAGCGCGUCGUUAAGAAUUUUUUUGGUAUAUGUAGGUACCAUAGUUUGAGUUCUUUGGACAUCCUCUGUACAAAAGUUUGUGAUAAACUGUGUUUUUAUACAGACAAGUCAAAUAAAAUCCCCAUAAAAAUUUAACAUCCCCGCGUGGUGCAAUUUUCUC